AUGGACAGGAUUGCAUUUAACAUCAUAUUUCGGCCUUCCAUGGAUAAGACAGGAUUGACAUGUCUGCAUUUGGCCUGCCAGGAAUGCCAUUUCGAGGUGGCCCAGCUGUUAAUCAAAAAAGGCACAGAUGUCAAAGUUGCGAACGAAGACAAAGAAACACCACUGCAUCUGGCUUCUUACAAAGGCCAUUUUCGGAUGACCCAGCUGUUGAUCGAAAAAGGCGCAGAUGUUGCAGGUGCCGGCGAAUACGGAAAAACACCGCUGCAUUUGGCCUCUCAGCAAGGCCAUUUUGAGGUGUCCCGGCUAUUAAUCGAAAAAGGAAAGACGCAUCUGUUACAAUUGGAAACAAAUAUGGACGGACGCCGCUGCAUAUGGCCCAUGAGGAAGGCCACGACAGAACAGCUCAACUGUUAA